AUGUCCAAGGAAAAGAGGAAUUCUUCAGCAUCGUCUAUAUGGAAGCACGAAGCGUACGAACGACAUCGUUUGAAGGUGAAAAAGGCUACAUGUGCGAUUGACGUGAAUCCACCAGAGAAUAGACCUCACAUUAUCUUGAACGCGAAAGGGUUGCAAUUGGAACGCGAGAAGCAAGAUCGAAUUUUAAGGGAGAAUUUCAUUCUUCUGAAGAAGCUUCGCGACAUCAUGCACCGGAAACCACCCAUUCAACAUACUUACAGAUUGAGAUGGGACGACUCAAAAUGCAUCAGAACACGUUGA